AUGCGAUUCGUCUUCAAAGCUAGUCGAGAAGAAAUCGUCAAUGCAACCAGUCUGCAAGACGUCAAAACUUCGAUGGCUGACGAAUACAAAAAGAUGUCAAAUCUUGUAAUUCGAGUUGGAGUUCGCCGAAUGGUUUAUGAAACGAUGGGUAUGUUUAUGAACAUGACAGAUGAAAUUCGAUUGAGGUAA